AUGAACUUGUUCGAUUAUAGAGCACCGGUAUACAAAGUGAACAACGGCGCCCCUCGCGCGAAAGGCUUCAGAAGAAUUUCCACGGGAGUCCGUCGAGCACCGAAUACACCCAAACUGCCCAAAAAGGCCAUAGCCCAAGCGCCGAAAAUGCCUCAUCCCCUUUCGGGACCUGCAAUCCCAAUUCCGCACAUGGUCCCAAUGAACUUUCCUACUGUUACUUUCCCACCCAUGAUGUCCUUCCCAACUCUGCCAACCUUUGCUACCAUAGCCAUGCCUACCCUACCUACCAUGACUAUGCCUCCGUCCUUUCAACGAUUAAUGGGUAUCACCACUACCCCAUCACCUUCACCUAAAAAGAGCAAAAGUCGUAGAAGGGAGGAGGAGUUAACAAGCAGAGAUGAGGAAGUUCAGGAAAAACCACGAGUGCGACAAUAUGAAAGUGAAGAAAGGGCACCGACACCUUUGGACGAAUUAUCACCGGUCUCUUCACGCCUUCCCAAAUUUGUCAACUCUCGAAAAGAGCCAGUGGUGGCCCCUGAAAAAAAUGCCGAUUGGAUAGUACCCUUCAAACUGUGA